AUGGAAUCCGGUCAAUACACAUCAUGGUGGCAACUAUUUAAGAUUCAUUGUCGAGCCUAUCUUGUGAUAGACCAUCUCGCUCCUAAGCCUGUUUCCGCAUCCGGGUCCUCCAAAGACACUGAUAAAAACAAACAAUCGAAACAAGACGACUCUUGCGAUCAGUUGGACGCUAUUGUGCUUAAGUGGAUCUAUGGCACGAUCUCCAACGAUCUUCUGCAUACCAUUCUUAAACCGAACACAACAGCUCACGAUGCCUGGACGACACUCGAAGGCAUCUUCCAAGAUAACAAGACGUCAAGGGCAAUCCAUCUCUUACACAAGUUUUCGAACACUCAUUUGGACGGAUUUCCUAAUGUUUCUACCUAUUGCCAACAACUUAAAGUCCUAGCCAAUCAACUCGCCAACGACGGGUCAUCGGUAGAUAAUGAUCGUUUGGUUUUACAACUUAUUUCAAGUUUAAACGAGCAAUACGAAGGCAUUGCUACGAUUCUCCAAAACAGAACAGAAAUAUCACUGUUGGUAUUAGUAGAAGAAGAACUAGUAGAAACUUUUGAUCCUUGGAAGACUGAUGAUGUCUUCUUUUGA